GUGAAAUAUCAUCCCUUUGGCUAGUGAAAGCUAUAACCCAAGGCAACUUUCAACUUUUGGAAAGUGGAAUUUGUCCAUGGUCAUUUUUCAACUACAACCUCUCACUGUUGCUCAUUUUGCAGGACGAGAAAUAUUUAAAGCGGCGUGAAAAUCACAUAUCGCAUACAGCAUACUACCAUUCUAAUUCUCCGAGCUGCCUGCCCUAUCUGCCCCUGCACAUGGAUUUCCUCAUCCGCUUUGGCGGGGUCCAUGAGACCUUUCGCCUGGUUGAGAUCCAAGCCCUGGCCAUCGUCGAGAAUGUCAGGAUGGAAGUGGUUUUCUACAAUGCAGAUUCCCCCUUCUGCAUCGUAAAGCUAGACUCCUCAGCCGCGGCAGCAGCUCUAAUAAGCCGAUCGAUUCUCAGCCAGAGCAUCCACGAGCUCUGGGCCAUGGGUGACGACUACGCCGCCCUGCACGCCGACACCAAGACGCGGUCCGCUCACCUGUGGCCCGCUCACGAGAAGGCGUCGUGGCGGUUCGACGUCGACUCAUACCGCGGAGCGCGCAACCAGGAUGCCAUCGUCUCCAUCAUCAACUCCUUUGCUUACCUGCCGCUCCGGGGCCCCAUCCGGAUGCGCGGCGCCGACACGGAGCUGACCGUCAUGGAGCACUGGGCCCACGAUGCAGUGCCGCUGGGCCUCGAGCACCCGGAGAGGCUGUACCUGGCGCGCAAGGUCGCGUCCAGCCCGCGCAACGACCUCAUCCGCAAGUACGACCUCAAGAAGCGCAGGUACAUCAGCACCACCAGCAUGGACAGCGAGCUGGCACUCGUCACGGCCAACAUCGCCCUGGCCGCACCGGGGAGGUUGUUCUACGACCCCUUUGUCGGCACGGGGAGUUUCCCCGUCGCAGCGGCGCAGUGGGGCGCCCUGGCCUGGGGUAGUGAUAUUGACGGCCGUGCAGUCAGGGGGGACGAGGGUGGCGUGGGCGGCAAGACGCUCAGGGGAAACUUUGAGCAGUAUGGUCUACUGCACGGCCUCGCCGAUAGCUUCUCGGCCGACCUGACCAACUCGCCGGUCGUGAGGUGUCAGCUGGGUUCAGGGGGCGGCGGGAGGAGGUGGCUCGACGGGAUAAUAUGCGACCCGCCCUAUGGUGUUCGUGAGGGUUUGCGAGUGCUGGGUGUCCGGGAUGCGGAGAAGCAGGCACAUGUGGUCAAGGCCGGCAUGAACAUGUACAGGGAUCCCGACUUCAUCCCGCCAAAGAGGCCAUACAGCUUCCUCGCCAUGCUGGACGAUCUGCUCACCUUUGCCGCCGAGACACUCAUCGAUGGUGGUCGUCUCGCCUUUUGGAUGCCUACCGCUAACGACGAGUCUCUGGAGCUGGCGGUCCCUACACACCCGUGCAUGCGCACGGUCGCAGUCUGCGUGCAGGUUUUUAACAAGUGGUCCCGACGUCUGAUCACCUACGAGAGGAUACCAGACAACCAGGUCGAUACAGAGGCGCUAGCUUUGGCGUUGGCGAAUCGCGAUGCUGGAGAGGGUGAGCAGGGCACUACUGCUGAUGAACUGAAUCCAUUCAGGAGAGGAUACUUCACAAAGUUCAAGACGGAGGAGAAAUAAAUCAAAAGCAGGCCAUGAGGUUUGAACCAGUGCGUCCAAUUUCAUCACUCGAAUGUGCAACAAGUAGACCGAAACAUUUAACCCGGUGAAUAACCACUUCUUGGGUUCGAGGUCGUCCCGAUUUUACAAUGCCUUUCUUUUCAGACUUUGCACCCCGAGUCUCACUUUAUGCCUUCGUUCGGACGAUGGCCAUCCCCUUAACUCCGAUCAGAUCACACAAGCUAGCGAAUGUCGAGUCAGAAGUUGAUACCGAAAACUUUCAUUUCAUGACAAUGUAUCGCCUGCAAAAGGUAGACUAGACCUAGUGCAAAGCGCCAGUUAUGUAAUUUGAAAUAAAUUCCCGUAGGUUCAUUCUUCGCCGCUCAAGGAAAAAAAAAAAAAAAAACAACAAUAACC